AUGUCUGAACAACUGCCCAAUAUGAACAUGAACAUGUCUAGCAUCAACGCCAUUAUAGAGAAUAGAGUGGCCAACUUCUCAGGUGUGCUUCCCUCCAUCCAAUCCCCACCCUCCAACUCGUCCUUCUUCAACACUUUCCCACCAACAAACAUCAAUGUAAACCAACCGCCCAUCGUCACACCGGAAAGUAACAACAUCUCUGACGAACCCUUCUCUUACUACUUGAUUACCGCUAACAGAAGUACCCUUAAGACGCUAAAGAAGAGAGCAUUUGCCAAAUACGCAUUUGCUCAAAAUAACAUAAAUGAUAACUUGAUUUGCCAGUUCAGUAGAGAUGGUCAAGAGGAACCCUGUGGUGAAGAGCUACCAUUUUUAAACAAGAAAUCAAGACUAAGUGAUCAGGCUCGUCGUUGCACGAAGCAUCUAUUCGAUGUUCAUAAAUAUAUAGUGGAACCAUCCACCAUCCUAUUGAACCUCAAUAAAAAUUCUGAAAUAUUUAAGAAUACUUACACGGAACCUGAGUAUAACGCUGCUACACAAUUGUUUAGUCAAUUGGCUGAAAAAGUACCACCUACAUUUUCACCUUGCUUUGCGGAUUGGGUAGAGGUGAUGGUGGAAUCUGAGUUACCGGCAACGAUAUUGGAUAAACCAUACUUCAAGAAAUUCGUCAAUAAAUGGGUACCAUCCUAUGAUCAUUCUUGGACAAGAAAAAAUUAUAAAGAAUUAGCCACUGAAAUGGGGAAAAAGAUAAGGGCUAAGCCAGUAAGAACAAGAACAGGUAAGCAGACGGGGAGGAUUACCAAACCAACUCAUGAAUCAUCAUCAUCACCAACUGACCUCUGA